GUUGCGAGCUGGAGGCUACUUAGGUUGAAGGGAGGAGAGAGAAGCGGGGAUUGGUCGAUAAGGCGGUGACGUCAGCGAGCCGGGAGGCGGGGCCAAGAGGAGGAAAGCACAGAGAGGGAGAGCAGGAACGGCGGAAAGAGGUCAAAGUAAAGGCGAGGAGUCGCUGCCGCCGGAGGAGGAGGAGCGGGGAGGGCGCGCCUUCUUCCCCAGAGCUCCCAGCGAGGCAGGAUUAUUUGACAGAUACUCUGAAUGGCCCUCACACCAGGUUCCAGUAGAAAUCUUUAAGGAUCAAGACUAGUUCUAACAGAAGUGGAUGCUUGAAUCGGGUAUAAGAAGGGCCAGCUGUACAUCUGAUCAAAUACAUCUAAUGCAUCUGAGGAAGUAGACUUAAGUCUUCAAAAGAUACCAGCAAAGGGAAAGAGAGGAAGUGAGGGAAGGCGGUGUGUCCUGAGGGGCAGCACGAAAGUGCGGUGGCAUACUUUUCUCUCCUCCCUUCAAAGACUCCCCUCGCCAGCCCUGGUUUCCCAGCCUCAGAUUCGGCAUGGAGGCACCACCACCAGGGAACAUGUCUAUCUUCAUGUGUAAGCUCUGUAACUUAUUUUCCCCGAACCAGUCGCAACUUCUGUCUCACGUCUCUGAGAAGCAUUCAGAGGAAGGGAUUAAGGCGGACGACAUCAUUAUUCCACUCAGACCUCUCACAACACCCACAAAUCUAAAUAAAAAUGGAGAAGAGCUCCUUGUAGUGAAGAGAAAAAGAGGCAGACCAAAAGGAUCAACUAAGAAAUGUUAUGUUGAUGAAGAAUUGGCAGAAAGCAGUAAUUGCACUACAAAUGAAGACGUUCCUGUGGGACUUGAGGAAGGGGGAGAACAGGGAGAGGUUCAACCUGACAACUUAGAAUGCCAAAAAUGCAAUCGAAAGUUCUCAAAUUCUCGGCAGCUACGGAAGCAUAUCUGUAUUCUUGUUAAACCUGAAGAUACAGAGGAAGGUGAUCCAGGUAAUGAUUCUGACGUUGACCUUGACAGGAGGGAAGAUGAGCGAGAAAAAGCACCAAAGAAGCAACGGCUCCAAAGAAAUGAGAAGAGCCUUUCUGCAAAGGACGGAGACCCAGUUUCAGGAGCUAAGAACCCUAUUAUCAGUGUGGUUUUGACAGCCCAUGAAGCUAUUCCAGGAGCUACAAAAAUAGUUCCAGUGGAAGCUGCUUCUUCCAAAACAGAGCAACUGACUAAUCCGGAGACAGUGAUGUCAGACUCCUCUCAGCAAAGAGGAUAUCAAGAAUAUGCCAUUCAGCAAACUCCUUAUGAGCAGCCAAUGAAAUCAAACAGGUUAGGUGCAACUCAGUUAAAAAUCUUUACCUGUGAAUACUGCAACAAGGUGUUCAAAUUCAAGCACUCUCUUCAGGCCCACCUGAGGAUCCAUACCAAUGAAAAGCCAUACAAAUGUACAUUCUGCAGCUAUGCCAGUGCCAUCAAGGCAAACUUGAAUGUUCACCUGAGAAAGCACACAGGGGAGAAGUUUGCUUGUGAUUACUGCCCUUUUACUUGCCUGAGCAAAGGCCACCUCAAGGUCCAUGUGGAGAGAGUACACAAGAAGAUCAAACAGCACUGCCGUUUCUGCAAGAAGAAAUACUCGGAUGUCAAGAACCUGAUCAAGCAUAUCAAGGAAGCCCAUGACUUGCAAGACAAAAAAGUGAAGGAGGUAUUUGACGAGCUCCGCUUGAUGACCCGGGAAGGCAAAAGACAGCUGUUGUAUGACUGCCACAUCUGUGAGCGCAAGUUCAAAAAUGAACUGGAUCGUGACAGGCAUAUGCUGGUCCAUGGGGAUGAGAGGCCCUUUGCUUGUGAGCUAUGUGGCCAUGGAGCCACCAAGUACCAAGCACUUGAGCUUCAUGUCCGAAAGCAUCCUUUUGUGUAUGUUUGUAGUGAGUGCUUGAAGAAAUUUGUCAGCUCCAUCAGACUCCGCUCACAUAUCAAGGAAGCCCAUAGAGACUUGCCAGAGACUUCUGUUUUUAACAGUUCUAUCAACCAGAGCUUUUGCUUACUGGAACCAGGAGGGGACAUUCAACAAGAAGCCCUUGGAGAAGAGUUGUCACAGACUGCAGCAGAACUCUCACUUUUAAACUCUAAGGAGCUUUGUAUACUAAAGAAACCAGUUUGUGCAAAUGAACUGAAUGCUAUGGAAGGGAGCCAUCAUAAUAACAUUGGCGCCAAGGUAGAAAUCACUUCUGUCCCCACUUUAGAUCUUGAAAGCCCUUUAGUUGCAAGUACAUCAGAUCCCUUAUGCCCAUCAUUGACAGAACUAGUACCCCCAGAUGCCUUCACUGAUAGUACCCCAGAUGCCUUUCUACAGAAAAAUGUUCCUUCUGAAUUGGCUGAAGAAAGGGUCCUUCCUGAGAACGAAGGUGAGGUCUCUUGUGAACCUUCAGAAAGCAUACAAAGUGAAGUCAUUCUGCUUUCAGGAGAUGAGAGGAGUAAUAUAGACCAGCAUUGCCAAGUUCCACAGUGUGCUCCUGAUCUCAAAGAAACAGGCCAAGCUAUCUGUCUUAAUGCUCAGGAAGCAGAUGUGGCAACAACAGAAGAGGUAGAGUCCUCUGUUCAACUUUCCACUUUGGAAUCCAACACAGCAGUUGGUGACAAAUCAGAUUCAUGCCCAGUGUCUUCAGAGAAUCGAACUGGAGCAGCAGUCUUUAUGCAGAUUUUGGACAGUUUGCAAAAACGACAAAUGAACACGGCUCUCUGUGAAAAGAUCAGGAAGGUCUAUGGAGACUUGGAAUGUGAAUACUGUGGCAAGCUGUUUUGGUACCAGGUGCAUUAUGACAUGCACGUUCGUACUCACACACGAGAGCAUCUCUAUUACUGCUCUCAGUGCAGUUACUCCUCCAUCACCAAAAACUGUCUCAAACGACACGUCAUCCAGAAACACAGUAAUAUUUUGCUGAAAUGUCCCACAGAAGACUGUGAUUAUUCCACACCUGAUAAAUACAAAUUGCAGGCCCAUCUGAAAGUGCACACAGACCUGGACAAAAAGAGUUAUUCCUGCCCUGUGUGUGAUAAAUCAUUUUCUGAAGACCGACUUAUAAAAUCACACAUAAAGACAAACCACCCAGAGGUUUCAAUGAACACCAUCUCUGAGAUUGUUGGCAGGAGAGUUCAGCUAAAAGGGCUGAUAGGAAAGCGAGCCAUGAAAUGCCCCUAUUGCAAUUUUUAUUUCAUGAAGAAUGGAUCGGACUUGCAGCGUCACAUUUGGGCCCAUGAAGGCAUCAAGCCAUUCAAAUGUUCUCUGUGCGAAUAUGCAACUCGCAGCAAAAGCAACCUGAAAGCACACAUGAACCGCCACAGCACUGAAAAAACCCACCUCUGUGAUAUGUGUGGGAAAAAGUUCAAAUCUAAGGGCACCCUCAAGAGCCACAAACUCCUCCACACUGAUGAUGGAAAACAAUUCAAGUGUACAGUGUGUGAUUAUACCGCUGCUCAAAAACCACAACUUCUACGGCACAUGGAACAGCAUGCUUCCUUCAAGCCUUUCCGGUGUGCACACUGCCAUUACUCCUGCAAUAUAUCCGGUUCUCAAAGACAUUAAAAUAGGCAACAUCCCUAUGAGGAUAUGUUUGCAGGCUCUGGAGACUCUGCUGACGCCCUUCUCACCACAGGUGGUAUCAAGUGCCCAGUGUGCAACUUUGUGUAUGGAACAAAAUGGGAAUGCAACAGACACCUAAAAAAUAAACAUGGACUCAGAUUAGUGGAACGUGAUGGGGAAAUGAAAUGGGAGCAAACAACAGAGAUUUCUGAUGAAGAAACCUCGUCGUAUCUCCAUAUUACGGAAGCUGAAGAUAUACAAGGAGCUCAGACAGCUGUUGCUGCUCUACAAGACCUAGGAUAUACCUCAGAAAAUGGUGGCCGACUUGAUCCCACAGCUGUCAACAUCCUCCAGCAAAUCAUAGAAUUGGGUUCAGAACCCCAUGAUGCAGCUUCUGUUGCCUCCGUGGUUGCCAUGACCCCAGGAACUGUUACUGUUGUGAAGCAGGUGACAGAAGAGGAACAGCCAACCAGCCACACGGUGAUGAUUCAGGAAUCACUGCAGCAGGCAUCAGUUGAAUUGACCGAAGAACAUCAUUUGGUUGUCUCCUCAGAUGACGUGGAAGGGCUUGGGACAGUGACAGUUUACACCCAGGGGGGAGAGGCUUCUGAACUUAUUGUUUAUGUGCAAGAAGCCAUGCAGGCAGUGGGAGAACAAGCUGAAGAGCCGGAACAAUCCAUAUAGAAAAUCUAGACAAAAGUCCCCAGGGAGGUAAGGUUCCUGGCCCUGCCAAAUCGAAACGCAUUUUAUUUUCCAUUGUGUAUUUAACGGCAAGCCUGAGCAGAGCCUCCUGCAGCUGCUAGCCCAUUGUAUGCCUAGGCUUUGUCAGAUACGUGAGUGGUUGUUGAUUGGGCUGGUGGCCUUUUGCCAGUAGAUGGUUUGGUACAUACUGAGCCAUACACAGCUUUCUUGUGAAAAUCACUCGGCUUUUUACACUUUAAAAAGAAUACCUUCCUUUUUAGGAUCGCCUGAAGUCACAGAUCUGCAGAGAGAGGGUAACUACUUCUCCAGGGUUCCAAAAAAAAAAAUUCUUCAUGUUAUCUGCAUCAUGAGACAUCAUGAGGAGAACCAAGAGAAGUAGCCAGUGAUAACUCUGGAUAGCAUUGUGUUUCUGUGUGUUGAUCUGUCUGCCUUUUAUGCACUUUAAGAAGAUUGUAGAUUUAAAAGGACACUUUUAAAGAAUGUCAGAAAAGGUUUCCAAGGUUAUGGGACAAAGCAAGAGGCAACACAUUGAAGCUGUUUACAAAUAUAGGUCCACCUGGAACGAUACAGAAGAAAAGGCAUUUGCAUGCAUUAGAUAUUAUCCUGUCCAGCAUCAGCUUUUCUCCAAUCCUCAUUUCUGCAUAUGUCAUUAAACACACACAAACAUACAGCUCCCCCCCAAAAAAAGAAAACACUACAUUUUAACCUUCCAAAAGAUAGGUUUCUUUUAUUUGCCAUGAUGAAUUUUCAAAGAACAAUAUAUGAACAAAAUGUGAUUUCUUAUAGAUCAUGUAUCAUUUCAUUUCAAAGCCAGAAUUCUAUUGGUAAGUGCCUCCCAAGCAUGCCAGAUGUUCAUUUGGAUGGAAACUAAUGUGAAACACAAGUGAAAAGUUUUAUGUCAUAACCAUAAAGCACUUCAGCAGACAAUGCAUGUCUGAAAGAUGUACAGCCCCUGCUAAAGUGUUUUAUGGUUAUGAUAUCUUUUGGACACAUAUAUUGAAAAUGUAUAGUGGAUUUCCCCCCUGUUCUAUCUAUGAUGCAUUAUUUUGUUUCUCUUUUUUUUGUUUGAAAGCAAUAGCAAUAACCUCAGGAGUGUGUCUCUCUGUGUGUAUAUAUAUUAAUUAGAGCUUGGGCACAGAGUUCUAGAUUAACACACACAUGCCUGGAUUCUAUUGCAGUCUCAACUAGAGCACACACAGUUUAUCAGUAGGAUUUAGCUAUCUCAACCACUCAACAAUUGAUUCAGUGGGUCUAAUCUAGCUGCGGCUAAAAAGGAGGAUGCAGGCCAUGUACCACUGGUACAAUGGAUGUCUUUUCAAGGCACUGAGGACCAAUAGAAAGCUAUGGAAGCCUGAGUGUUAAAGCAAUAUGCUAGGGCUCUGGUUUCUCAGUUUGACAAAUGUGGAGUCUCUUUCCUAGUAGAGGCACAGCUUUGCAGCAUGGACCUGCAUCAAUCACUAGGAUUAGAUAAAGAUGACAUCCAGAAUGCCACCCUACCCACCCCCCAUAAAUAAUGAAAUAGAAACCUACUAUGAAUCCCUUCUACUCAAAGGCCAGCACUCUGCUCUUGAUGAAGAAAAGGGCUGUGAUCUUGAGCCAAGUCCUAUUGACAUUACCAUUUUUCAGUGGGCUGUAAAAUGUAAUUUGACCCUCUUCUAGUAUGUUUUCCAGCUGCAUGUCCCAAUUAAAUUUGCUGGCAGGAUGAAUGAAUGUAGGCUGAAUAUAACAAACCGUGAUCAGGCCAGAGCUUGAAAUUCCUUGUCUUUGUGCUUCAUCUCCCAGCAGCUGUACUGGGCCAGUAACUAUGCUGGCUGGGAAAUUCUGGAAGCUGGUAACUGUUCCAAGCCUUUAUCUGGAUUACAUGUCAAAAAGGUGCUCCAGAGAAUCUACUCAUAAGGCAUGUGUCACAGUUCAGUUUUCCAAUCCCAGGAAAGUCAGAUUGAACAUGACUCCUGAACCAGGUCAACAGUUCCUAGCUCUUUUUUUUUUUAAACAGACUUUGUAUUGUCAUUCUCACACAACAAAUACUGAUAUCUGGGGAUAUAAUAACAAAGCUCUUCCUUUAUACCAUAUGCUAUGCAAAGUGCUCCUCCUUGAAUAAGUGUAACAGAAUGAAAUGGAAUCUUACACACAAACACACUAAGUUUUAUAGGACCAAAUUUCACUCUGUAGAACCCCAAAUCUUGUAUGAGAACUGCUGGCCUUAUACAUCCAGUUUCUGUUUCAAUGUCUCCCACUUUAUGUCCUUUAUUUCUGUGGGAUUUGUUCCCCAGUUAUUCAAAACAGUUGUGGUUUAAAUCAGAAGUGGGCAACUGCCCAUUGUAUGCAGCCACUAUUUUGUCCUGUUCUCUCCCUCCAGAAAGAGAGGCAGGGGGAAUGGAGGGUUGCAGAUUGCUUUAUGUCUGCAAAAGAAGGUUGUCACAUACUACUUGUACGUUACACCCUCCAACACAGACACUUAAAUGAUAGGACACUAUAUAUACACCAUAACACCAAACUCUGAUAGUAGAGGGGAAAUCAUCCAGAGCAAGGUCCACCUGUUAUUUUAAAAUGAAGAAAGCAAUAUCCAAUAAUAAUGAGUCACUCUGGAAACUAAAAGAUCCCAGGACUGGCUCCGAGGUCAAGAACAUCCUACCUUUUGAAUGUCUAUGCAUAAAAAUAUGCAAGGUCCAAAUGGCAAUUAGUUUUCUGAUUCCAUAGCCACCUUGGAUCCAAUCUCAGGAGAAAGGUGGGCAUAAAAUCAAUAAAAAAUGCACACAAAAAUAUAUAGGGUUUUCCUAUGGUAAACCUGAAUAAACAUAGUAAACAUAAAUCAGGAAAGGAUUAGAGAAUGUUUACUUAGGGCAAAACUCAGAGCAUUUAAAUGUAUGCACCUGUGCACUUCUCGCCAUUGAUUGCAAUUACAUGAAUUUUUGCUGGAGAAAAUUGGGGUCUUUAAUUGACAGAUUCUAAAUACAGUGUUUGAUCUGGCAUCAAGUGUUUGCAGAAUUGAAAUAAAUUCUGCAUCUUGAUUUGAAUCAGUAGAUAGAUCCUAGGUAGGUACGCAUAUUGCAAAAUAUGUGAACUGAAUUGAUGGCAGGUUUCCUUGUGCAUCUCUUUUUAAAAGAAAGGGUAUGAAAAUAUGAUUUUAAAAACCGUUCAGUUAACAUUGGGAAUAAAUUGUAGCUUUCUGAAAAUUCUGCUAAAUGCCAGUCAUUAUUGCAAAGCCAGCUGUUUGAAUCCUAAGGACUCAUUCUUGUUAAUAUGUACAAAAAUUGAUUCAUGUUUGUAAAUUUAAUGAACUUAUGUCCUGAAUGAUUAUAAAGAUGAAAUGAAUUGGGAGAGUGUCAUAAUUAAUCCCUGGGGUUAAACAUGAUUUCAGUUGACUGAAGCAUGUCUAACAGAUUGUGGCCCAUGUGUAGAUAGUUAUAAGUUCAUUAUGUAUAUUUGGAGAGGACUAUCCUUUUUUUUUUGUAUGUAAGCUCUACAAAUUAUUAAUAAUACAGUACAAAUAUAUAAAAUUCUGUUCAGGGGAUAUAAAAUUACAUAAAGUCUUCACAUUUUUUCACCACAUAAGCAGACCAGUCUAAUAAAUCAUUUUGCAAGUCUUGAGUUAUCGGAA